UGUUGUUACCCCUUCGCUCUCAAACUAAAGAUGACCUAUGAGGCUUUGUCCAGUUUUGCUCUUCAUAUUAACUUGUAGAGUCUCGUGUCCAUUCUACAGGUUGAGUUGGACAUUUCCUUGUAUUUACUACUGUUGCCAGAGACCAGGGAAAGGUCAGCACCACCACCGAGAUUUCCUCUCCCAGCAGCCUGGGCAAAUCACCACUUCCAAGUAGGAAAUGAGAGAGAAACACACUCUGGCAGCGGGACAAUGUCAUCAUUGGUUGUUUAACUCUUGUUACCAGUAUAGUUUUAUUUCUUGGGGGAAGAGUGUUGACCUAGAAAUUAAGAGACAUGGGUAUUUACCUGUCCUGUUAAUUUUUACUUUUUCUCUGCCUCUCAAGUUGGCUGUGAUAAAAUCUGUGCCCACCUCCCUGCCCAGGACACAUGAGGCGAUAUGGGCAGCAGCGUUAUUGAAAAAAGCCCCUACAGAAGAGUGUGACGAUAGUUCGGCCGUUCACAGUAAUGAAUCAUCUUGCAGCUUGCCAUCUAUUCUGAAUGACAGUAGUGGAAUAAAGGAAGCGAAACCCACUCUAUGGCUCAACAGUGUUCUUACAAGGGAACAAGACGUUUCAAGUGGCUGCGGAGACGAGAGCAAGGAAGAGAGCAUGGCAGCAAAGAUUCCAAUCACAGAAACAAAAGCCUACCAGUUGCUGAAGUGGUCUACCCUUCAGGAUAAUACAAAUCAAACUGAAGACAGGUUCCAAAAGGCAGAUGCUUCUGCAUCACAACUGUCAGGUGACUGCCAGUUAAGAAUCAGACUUGAAGCAGAAACAUCCAAGGCUGAAGUCACCCAGGGGGCAGAGGUCAAGGAUUGCCCUGCACGCUGAUAGCAUCAUGGGAACAGUCUGGUUCCCCUGGCUCCAGGAAA